CGAUGGAUCAGGAUUGGAGCGACGCUCUCGCUCGCGACCGAUCGGUGCUGAGUGUCAUGUCGAGCAACGCCAAUUUGUCGCGUCGCUGCUCCAACGUGCUGAUCAGCAUCAACACCACCGCCGCGAUCUGCUACACCGCGAGCAGUUUUACGCGACAUUCGGCCGGCGAGAAUCUCAAUGACAGUGUGAGACUGCUGCCGGUGAAGAUGCAGUUUCCCUUCGAGGUUCACGCGUCGCCGUUCUUCGAGCUUCUGGCGACCGCUCAGCUCUUUCACAUGGUGUCGAUCGCCGCUCUGGUCGCCAUGAUAAACUCUUUGAUCAUCACGCUAAUACUUCACGUGAGUGGACAGAUCGAUAUCCUUCGUCGAGAGUUGUUGACGGUUUGCGACGAACAUUCGCAGAGCGGUUCGAUCAUCGCGGGAAUCAGGCUUUUGAUCACCCGACACCAACGAAUAAUUACGUUCUCGGAUAAUAUCGAGGAGCUCUAUUCUGAGAUCGCGUUGAUGCAGUUUCUGUCGAAUACCGUGGUUAUGUGUUGCAUCGGCUUUACAAUUAUAGGCUCUAUCGCCGAGGACGGGGCCACCAUAGUGCUGCUGAAAUCUGCUAUAUUUUACAUCGCUGUAACGUUGGAAGCAUUUAUCUUUUGCUUCGUCGGAGAAUAUCUCAGCGCCAAGAGCAAAUCGAUCGGCGAUGCAGUGUACGAGUCACUCUGGUAUAACAAGACAGCCGCCGAAUGUCGGAUUUUAUUAUUCGUGAUAUUAAGAUCGCAGAAAAGAUUGACCAUCACCGCCGGAAACGUCGUGGACCUUUCUCUGGAAGGAUUUACAACGUCCGCUUCGUAUAUAACAGAACGUGUGUGUACGAAAAUGAAGUCGAAGAUUGAUUCGAGCAUCCUCGACGGCACCGUCAGUCGUUCGAUCGAGAUCGGUCUUCGCGUAAUCGGCGUUUGGCCCGACUCGUCCUACGCUUUUCUCCGUCGUGCCUUCUGGAUGAUCACCCUGACGAUGGCGCAGACCUUUCAGUACCGCUAUUUCGUCAUACACAUUCGCACCGACGAUCUGUCGCAUCUCAUGGACGGUCUCAGCACCACCAUGUCUUACAGCCUCCUACUGCUGAAGCUCACGAUAUUCUGGAUCAAUCGACGGAUAUUCCACGACAUUCUGGCGAUGAUGGCUCGCGAUCGAAGCGAUUGCGCGACCGACUGGGCCGUUUGCUCGAUGUCGAGGACGACCUACGUCUCGCAUCGGUCCUCCAACCUGAUCAUCGGCCUCUACUCGAUGUCGGUGUUUCUUUACGGCACCGGCGUACUCGUCGCUCACGGCGACGGAGUCGAUGACGAGGCCGACGUGCAACCUGCCGUGCCGGAGCGAGAGCUGUUUCUCAAGAUGGAGCUACCCUUCGAGUCCAAUGUCUCCCCCGUUUACGAGGUCGUCAUGGUCACGCAAUUUUUUCAUCAGCUCGCGGCAGCCACGAUAGUCGGCGUGUUGAACGCUCUAAUUGUCUCGCUGAGUAGAAUGAUCGGCGAUGCAGCGUACGAAGCGAAGUGGUACAAUUCGAGUCCCACGCAAAGCCGUACCUUAUUACUUUUGAUUUUGAGAUCGCAGAGAAAAUUGACUAUUACAAUCGGAAAAUUUAUGGAUCUCUCCCUAGAACGUUUCACGACAAUCGAAAUGGAACCGAUGACUACUGUGAGUCCAUCCGUGGAAUAUGGUCUUCGUGCGAUCGGUGUCUGGCCGGGCACACCUUGCGCAAUCCUAUUCAAAGUCUUCAGCAUAUCGUCGAUGGUGGUGUUUCAGAUAUUUCAGUAUCGGUACGCGAUCGUGAACUUUGGACAGGAGGACCUUAUGCUUCUCAUGGACGCUCUGAGCGUAACUUUCGCUUACACUCUUCUGCUUAUCAAAAUGAUUAUUUUCGCGUUCAACGCUCGUCUGCUGAACGAAAUCAUAGUACGCGUGGUCAUGGACUGGGAGGAAUGCGACAUUUCGGAUAGGAACACGAUGUCAAAAAUGGCUUACAUCGUUCGUCGGUUCUCUAACGUGAUUAUUUUCUCGCACACGCUAUCGGUGUUUCUCUACGCCGCCGGUGCGCUUGUUAAACAGAGCGGCAGCAAUCAAACCGAAUCUCGAGAACUUAUCGUUCAGAUGGAGUUACCCUUCGAGGUCCAGAGUAUGCCAAUAUAUGUGGCUGUUCUCAUUACGCAGUUCCUUCAUCAAUCGAGCGCGGCUGCUAUGGUAGGCGUGCUGAUCUUUUUGAUAACAUUGAGCGAAAUGAUAGGUGAUGCGGUGUACGAAUCAAACUGGUACGAACUAAAUUCAAAUCAGAAUCGAGAUAUCCUUCUCAUGAUAGUGAGAUCGCAGAAGCACUUAACUCUCACAAUCGGGAAGGUCGCGGAUCUCUCCCUCAAGCAAUUUGCCGACACCUUUCAAUAUCAGCAUUUAAUCAUGCACUUUGGCCAGGAAAAUCUGCCGCUCUUCAUGGACGUGUUAAGUGCGACGCUCAGUUAUAGUCUUCUAUUUAUCAAGCUCCUUUUUCUCGCCUUCAAUACGCGUCUGCUGGACGAAAUCAUAACGUGCAUGGUCAACGAUUGGAAGGAGCGUGAAAUUUCAGAUAAUUACACGAUGACUAGAAUAGCUUACGUAUCUCGUUGUUUCUCCAACUUUAUAAUCAUCUCGUGUGCGGCGUCGGUGUUCCUUUACGCAACUGGCACCUUGUUGAAGCAGAAAGGUGAUAAUCAAACCGACACUCGAGAACUCAUCCUCAAAAUGGAAUUACCAUUCGCGAUCGAAAGCACAUCGGUAUAUGUAGUUGUUCUCGUUACACAGUUUGUUCAUCAGACGAGUGCGGCUAGUAUGGCAGGUGUUCUGAACUCCUUAUUGAUAACACUGGUUCUGCACAUAGGUGGGCAGAUAGAUAUAAUGCGAGAAAAAUUGAGUAAAAUUACACGGAAAGACAUCGAACGAACUGCGAGUGACAGCAUCAUGAAAACGUUGAUAGUCCGACAUCAGAGAAUUAUCUUGUUCUCCAAAAACAUCGAGGCACUUUUCUCGAAUAUCGCUCUAGUACAAUUCGUGUCGAAUAUUCUGGUUAUCUGCUGCCUAGGAUUUAUCAUUAUGAUCUCUAUCGGUGUUCCGGGUGGAUCAGCGAUAUUAGUAAAAUCCGUGUUAUUUUACAUUCUUAUCAACUUAGAGGCAUUUAUAUAUUGUUACGUUGGGGAGCAUCUUAGCACAAAGAGCAAAAUGAUUGGCGAUGCGGCGUACGAAUCGCUUUGGUACGAAUUAAACCCGAAUCAGAAUCGAGAUAUCCUCCUCGUGAUCUUAAGAUCGCAGAAGCAUUUGAGGCUCACGGUCGGAAAGGUCGUGGACCUUUCCCUGAAGCAAUUUGCUAGCUUUAUUCAUCAAACGAGCGCGGCUAGUACGGUUGGCGUGAUAAACUCCUUCCUAAUAACACUUGUGCUUCACGCCUGCGGGCAGAUCGAUAUAGUGCGGCAAAAAUUGAGUGAAAUUACACGAAAGAACAUCGAGCAAGGUAUCACCAAAAGUAUCAUGAAGACGCUGAUCGUUCGUCAUCAAAGGAUUAUCUCGUUCUCCAAAAACAUCGAGGGCCUCUUCUCAAGCAUCGCUUUGAUACAAUUCGUCUCAAACACUUUGGUUAUCUGCUGUCUAGGAUUUCUCAUCAUAAUUAGCAAAAUGAUCGGCGAUGCGGCGUACGAAUCGCUUUGGUACGAAUCGAGCACGAAUCAGAACCGGGAUGUCCUUCUAAUGAUUGUAAGAUCGCAGAAGCGCUUGACACUCACAGUUGGGAAGUUCGUGGAUCUCUCCUUGCAGCAAUUCGCCAACGUAAGAGAUUUAACCGCCCAGGUCUGUCAGUAUGGAUAUGUCGUAGUGAACAUUCAUAUGGACGACUUUUCCCAAUUUAUGGACGGAGUUAGCAGCGCGAUGGCUUCCUCUCUGCUCUACAUCAAACUCGUUCUUCUGUGGACCAAUCAACGAAUAUUUUUCGAUCUGUUGCAAAUGAUGUCCGCGGACUGGCAAGACAAUAUUAUCCCGAGCCCCUAUAAUUCGCGGAUAAUGAUGAAAACGGCAAAUGUCGCACGUCGCGCCUCGAGAUGGAUCAUUGGCCUGCAGAUAGGUGCCGUAAUCACCUACAGCGCCGGCGUUCUCGCAGCUAACGUGGGUAAUCCCGACAGAGUGGAACCGUACAAAAAAGAGCUCAUUCUCAAGAUGGCAUUCCCGUUCAAUAUUAGCACGAAUUCUAUUUACGUGGCGAUUCAAAGUGUUCAAUUUUACCAUCUGUUUCUUGUCGCCUGCGGCAUCACGACUAUCAAUUCGCUUCUCGUUACUCUGUCGUUAGAUGAUCCCAACGCGGCGGCGAUCCUGGUAAAGUCCGUGUUGUUUUACAUCACGAUAAACCUCGAGGCGUUCAUAUACUGUUUAUCUGGCGAAUAUCUGAGCGCCAAGAGUAAGAUGAUCGGGAAUGCGGCGUACGAUUCUUUGUGGUACGACUUUCCGGCCAAAGAGAGCCAAAUUAUAUUGUUUAUCAUUCUAAGGUCGCAGAAAAGUGACCGUCUCGAUUCCCCACCUUUUCGAAUUUCUUUCCGUAAAGUUACCUGGCGAUUCGCACAUGCUCAAAGCGUCCUUUUAUUUAUGGUGAACAUGGAGAUAAGCACGGUUAGUCGCGCGGUAAAGAUUGGUCUUCAUGCCUGUGGUAUCUGGCCAUAUCUACCGUCUACCGUGUUGUACCGGUUCCUUUGGACUGUAUUGUUGAGCACAAUUCAGAUAUUUCAAUAUCGCUACGUGAUGGUACACUAUUACACCGAUAGUUUCUCCAACUUUAUGGAUGGAGUGAGCAGCGCUAUGACGUACAGUCUCCUGUUAAUCAAACUCGUCAUUUUAUGGGCUAAUCAGCGAACGUUCUCCGAUAUAUUGCAAAUGAUGGCCGUGGACUGGCAGAAUUGCGACUUGACCGAGUGCGGUCUGCGCAUUACGACGAAUAGAGCCAGACUCUCGCAUCGCGUUUCCAACUGGCUCAUCGGCCUUCAAUUGGGCGCCGUGGUUUUGUACAGUUGCGGCGUUCUUGCCGGCAACGCCGGUGACGUUGAGAAGAUGAAUGUGUCCUCGCGCGAGCACAUCCUAAAGAUGAAGCUACCCUUUAUGAUCAACACGUUUCCCGUCUACGCGCUCGUUAUGAUUUUCGAGUUCUGUCAUCUGUCAAUUUGCGCCUGCGGGAUGUCUAUCGUCAACUCGCUCAUUGUCACUCUGAUAGUGCACAUCGGCGGUCAAAUCGAUGUUUUUUGCGACUGGCUGAUGAAAGCCUUCUCCAAAAAUAUGAUGCUCAAAGUGGACGGGAUAACAUUAAAAAUGCUAAUCGUGAAGCACCAGCGGAUCAUUGAGUUCUCGCAAAGAAUCGAAACUCUUUACACAUAUAUCGCAUUGAUGCUAUUUGUGUCGGAUACUAUCAUUAUAUGCUGCAUAGGAUUUAUUAUUAUCACCUCGAUCGGUACGCCUGGUGGUUUUCCCGUCCUGGUCAGAUCCAUAUUAUAUUACUUUGUGAUGAAUCUCGAAGCAUUUAUAUAUUGCUUCGCCGGUGAAUACUUGAGUACCAAGAGCAGAAUGAUCGGAGAUGCGGCCUAUAAUUCUCUUUGGUACGAUGUCAUGCCUAAACAGAGUCGGACUGUACAUUUCGUGAUCCUCAGAUCCCAGAAACAAUUGAGUAUAACGAUUGGAAAAGUCAUGGAUCUCUCCUUAGAACGUUUUACCAGCAUAAUGAAGGCAUCGGCAUCAUAUAUAUCCGUAUUAAUGGCAAUGUAUUGA